CGGGACGUGAAGGAUGAUGGGGAAGGAUUCGAAUCCCGGAGGAUUUAAAUUGCUGAACGAGAAUCCACCGCUGCCCAGUUACAAAUGAAGAUAAUUUAUUAAAACAUCACGCUAUGCAGAAAAAUUCCAAGAGAAACAAUAAUUUGAGAGUUUCUGACAUAGAAUUGAAUUCUGUGGAUGCUGAGAAGGCAAUAAACGAGAGUCAAAAUAACUUUGUUGAACUGCUGCCUCUAGAAGUCACUUUUAAAAUUUUCAGUCAGCUGGACAUUCAGAGUUUGUGCAGAGCUUCUGUGACAUGUAGGAGCUGGAAUUACACAAUAAGAAACAGUGACUCUUUAUGGAAGCCCCACUGCUUGACUGUAAGAGCUGUGUGCCAAAGAGAAAUAGAUGACGACCUAGAAAGUGGUUAUUCCUGGAGGGUAAUACUACUAAGGAAUUACCAGAAGAGUAAAGUAAAGCAUGAAUGGCUAAGUGGCAGAUACAGCAACAUACGUUCUCCCAUUAGCCUCCCAGAAAAAAUUAUGUGCCCGAUGGAUGCAGAUACGUGGGGAGAAAUUCUAGAAGCAGAACUGGAAAGAUAAGUGGAAAAAAACUACAGUCAGAUCUUGUGACUUUGAAAUUUCAAAAUGUCUGUACUUACAAAAGUUCUGUUGAUA